CCUUCUAUACCAUCAUGCCUCAUCUUCUCUCAACCAAACUGACCCAGCUCUCCGUGCCCACCCCAGUCUGUCGACAGAUCACCAGCUUUCUGACAGAUAGGCAGCAGCUAGUGAGACUGGGGAAACUUGCAUCCGGGACCCACACUAUUAGCACUGGUGCUCCUCAGGGAUGCAUUCUCUCUCGACUGCUCUUCUCCCUGUACACGAAUGACUGCAUUGCAAAAGACCUCACUGUCAAGCUCCUGAAGUUUGCAGACGACACCACGGUCAUCGGCCUCAUCUGCGACGGUGACGAGUCUGCAUACAGAUGGGAGGUUGAUCAGCUGGCUGUCUGGUGCGGUUACAACAUCCUUGAGCUGAACAUGUUCAAAACAGUGGAGAUGAUAGUGGGUCUCACCAUGCUGAACAGCACUGUGGCAGCAGUGGAGUAAUUCAGGUUCCUGGGCUCUACCAUCUCUCAGGACCUGAAGUGGGACACCCACAUAGACUCCAUUGUGAAGAAGGCUCAGCAGAGGUUGUACUUCCUCUGGAAGGAAUUUCAACCUGCCACAGGAGCUGCUGACACACUUCUACUCGGCCGUCAUUGAGUCUGUCCUGUGUACAUCUAUAACUGUCUGGCUUGGUUCAGCCACCAAAUCAGACAGAAGGAAACUACAAUGGACAGUCAGGACUGCUGAGAGGAUUAUUGGUGCCCCCCUGCCCACCCUCCAAGAUCUGUACCUCUCCAGAUGGCUUCCUCUUUGCAGUUCUUCCCAUAAGGCCUGCACCCCUGAGUCUUCUCUUUACUGUUGUACAUGAAACUGGUGUUGAGCGGGUAGAAUUCAAUGAAGCUGUCAGCUGAGGACAUAAAUGUCAAGGCGAAGCUCAAGGUUAGUGUCUAAAGGGACGUCCUCCUUACCUGAUGAUGAUGCUGCCAGCACCAGUUCCACUGAAACCACAGGCCAGAUGUCCUACAAAGAAAGUCCUGUCAGGAUUUUUAAGAAGAGGGCUGGGCGCAAGAGUACAGGCAGCGCUUCCCGAAAUUCAAGCCGUGCUAGCAGUGUGAAUCACACAGUGGCUGGGCAGCUUGGUGAGCUCACUGCCACUGAAAAUGAGAAUGGCGUAACCUAUACUGCUCAAGGAUUCUCCUCUGGAUAUUCAUCAGCUGAAGACCAUUAUGACAAACACAUCAACCCAAGCACUGGUUCUGCCCAAUCUGUGGCUGAACCAGCGUUUGACGUGUGGGACUUGUUUAGUUCUCCAGCUCAAGCUCUGGUUAUGUUUUACUGGUGGCUGGGCAGUGCAUGGUACAGCCUCACCUCUCGAGUGUCUCUGAUCAAUGUGUUUUUGCUCAGCAGAUGCACUACAGAUAUGAGAAAGGCUGUACUUCUCUUCCUCCUCCUCAUCUGCUUCAUUUUCGGAAUAUGGUACUUAUUCCCAUCUGCUGCUUCUCACCCUCAUGAGGUUGCUUCUAGGACUCCACCUGUCAAACACACUGAUGCUCCUUUGAGAGCAGCUGUUAAUGACCAUUUCCAACAUGCCAGCCUGUCUACCCUGCAGGAUGAGAUUGUAAACUUGCACGAAAGAGAGGCCAACCUGAUGAGAGACAUUGAACUGCUGAAGAUGGAGAGUGCAAGGCAGAAGGUCAAAUCUGAGAUGCUGCAAACCGAUAUGAAGUUUAUGACUAAUCGAAUGAAAAAUGUUGAGUCUGAGCAUGGGCAGCAGAUUUCUGACAUGAAGUCAGGUCUCUCAAAGCUUCAGUCGGCUUCAGACCACCUUAAGGAAAGAGUUGAUGCACUAGACACUCUCAACACAAAUCUGAAAGCAGAGCUGUCUGAGUGGCUCAUAAGACACAUGAAAGAUACAAGCUCAUUGGAAUCAACCAUAGUUGCUCGUCCUGAGCUGCAGAGGGCACUGGAGGAUCUAGAGAAACAGAUACUAGACAAACUGGGGCAGGAGAAAGAGCAAGCGAGAGAUGUGUGGCAGACUGUAGGAGAGACGCUUCAACAGGAGGGAGCCGGAGACAUUACAGUACAGGAUGUGAAAGAAAUCGUGAACAGGGCAAUUAGUCUGUACAGGGCUGAUGGAAUUGGAAUGGCGGACUACGCCUUGGAAUCCUCUGGUGCCAGUGUAAUAAACACUCGUUGUUCAGAGACGUAUAACACAAGAUCUGCGUGUCUCAGUUUAUUCGGCAUACCUCUCUGGUAUCAAUCUGAAAGCCCUCGCACAGUUAUCCAGCCAGAGCUGUAUCCUGGGAAGUGUUGGGCGUUCCGUGGCUCACAGGGUUUCCUAGUGAUCUCACUGUCCUAUCCAAUAAAAAUCAACUAUGUCUCACUUGAACACCUUCCCAGAGUGCUCUCACCAACAGGACACAUUGAUAGUGCACCAAAGGAUUUUGCAGUCUAUGGUAUGAGUAAUGAGAAUGAAGACGGAAAGCUGCUUGGGACAUACACGUACGACCAGGAUGGAGAGCCCAUUCAGACUUUCAAGCUUCUGGAAACCUCGAAUAUCUACAGCAUGGUAGAGCUGAGAAUAUUAAGCAACUGGGGCCACUUGGAAUACACGUGUGUGUAUCGCUUCAGAGUGCACGGGGAACCGUCGCUCGCUUGAGAACUAGAAUAUGAAGAGGAUCUUAGACGCUUUUCUCCUUUUCAGUUUUGGUUUACUCUAUGCAGAAUAAAUAAAAAAAGAAAA